GAUAAUGAAUAUAAUAUUAUGUUAUUGUGAUUUCCAUGCACAUUGCAAUCAAAAGAUCGAUAAUUUACAACUGUUUGAAGAUUUAAAAACACUGUUAUCUUAUUUAUUUAUUUUGCUAAGAUAGUUAGAUCACAGAAUUCUGCGCUAAGAUAUUUGACAACUGACAAGUAUAUCAAAUUAUCAACAGACAUUGCAUCAAUUAAAAUAGCAUGAUACUUACCAAAUCACUGAACUAAAUUUAUUUCAGUGUACCAAAUAUUGAAUCUUCUGGUGUGCAAUAUAAUUAUAUUCUAAAUGUACUAUGGACCUAAUAAAGUGUUACAGUGGAGACAGCGAUGGCGAGCAUAAUGAAUCCGAACGGAAAGUGUUGCCAGUACCCGAAGCCAUCACCUCCAUGUUUGACGGUAGACUGUAUCAUCCAAAACCAAAAGAUGAGCCCGAUUCCCACCAAGGACGCUCUCGAUUGUUUGAACAUGAACGUGGUAAUUGGGCUACUUAUGUAUAUAUACCGUGUCCAGACAUAGAUUUAGUAGAGAUUGUUCAAGAUAAAUUGACCGAAUUUGGCUUGGAAAUUAUUCAACAUCCCCAUAUUAGCCUUACGAAAACAGUUGUACUGCAGUAUCAUUGGAUACAACGUUUUAUCAAUGAUGUAAAAUCCAAAUUGUCAACUAUUUUAAGGUUUACUGUGACUUUUGGAAACUUAGAAGUAUUUUGUAAUGAAAAUUGUAGCAGGACAUUUAUUGGUUUUCUUGCACAUCCUGCAGAAGUUUUAUCUCAAUGUGUUGAUCAACUAGACAAUGUCUUGUCCGAUUAUAAUUUACCGAAAUACUAUAAAGAUCGAAAGUUUCAUUUGAGUGUUGCUUGGUGUUUGGGCGAUCAAUCUAGUCAGCUAAGAACUAAAUUAAAAUCACUAGAAUUAGAAAUAGAAGUUGACACUUGUCGUAGUUUAAAAGUUGACAAGCUUAUGUGUAAAACUGGCUCAUGCAGCUCAACAAGAAUAAGGGUCCUGAAAUUGUUCAUUUCCUGAAUGGUGAUUUAUUUUAAAAUAACUAAU